AUGGCUACGGUCCAAAAACUAGAAAAUGAGAUUAAAAAUGUCGAGAAAGAACUUAUUAAGGUGGACGCCGAAAUGGAAAAAUGGCGAACGAAACAACGGCAGUUGCACGAGAGAAAAACCGAGUUAAAGAAAGCGUUAAACAAACUAAAAUCGGAUACUUUAGCUAAGGUAGAUUGGGCUGGUAUUAAGUAUGAAUGGUCAGAAGAGGUCGAAAAAAUGUUAAAGGAUGUGUUUAAGAUUAGCUCUUUUAGGCCUAAGCAAUUAAGUGCUAUUAAUUCUACUCUAUCUCGUCAACAUACAAUAGUUGUUAUGCCUACUGGUGCUGGCAAAAGUCUUUGCUAUCAGCUUCCUGCUCUUGUUGAACCAGGAAUAACUAUUGUUGUUUCUCCAUUAGUAUCUUUAAUGGAAGACCAAGUGCGAUCUUUAAAAAAUAAAGAAAUUAAUGCAAUGCUCAUGACCAGUACUAGUCCCAAAGAGGAAACAAAUGCUGCUUUAAAUGCCUUAAAAGAUAUUAAAACACCUAUUAAACUCUUAUAUGUAACACCAGAGCGGCUAGCUAAGAGCAAAAGAUUUAUGGCAAAUUUACAAAAGUGUUUCAGCAAUGGUAGGUUGCAAAGAAUUGCAAUAGAUGAGGUGCAUUGUUGUUCUCAUUGGGGGCAUGACUUUCGUCCAGACUACAAGUAUCUAGGAAUAUUAUCUAAUAUGUUUCCUGGUGUUCCUCUAUUGGGUCUGACAGCAACAGCUACAGCUCAUGUCUUGAAUGAUGUCCAGAAAAUGCUCAAUAUACCAGGCUGUCUUAUAAUUAAAUCAACUUUUAAUAGACCUAAUCUAUUCUAUAAGAUAUUAGAAAAACCAACAUCAAAUGAUGAAUGUUUGAAUAUCCUUGAAAAGCUCUUAAAGCAUAGGUAUAAGAAUGAGAGUGGUAUUAUAUAUACUAAUAGUAUUAAAGAUGCAGAGGAUGUUACAAAUGGAUUGAGGCAAAAAGGCCUAAAAGUAGGAUGUUAUCAUGCAAACAUGGAGGCUGAAGCACGGUCCAAAGUACAUAUAAAAUGGCAUGAAAAUUAUUAUCAAGCAAUUGUUGCCACAAUAGCAUUUGGUAUGGGUAUUGAUAAGCCUGAUGUAAGAUUUGUAAUUCAUCACACAAUUAGUAAAUCAAUGGAGAAUUAUUAUCAGGAGAGCGGAAGAGCUGGACGGGAUGGUCUAAGAGGGGAAUGUGUAACUUUAUAUCGUAUGCAGGACAUAUUUAAAGUUAGUGCUAUGGUGUUUUCAUCUGUUGGUAGUAUGGACUUCUUGUAUGGUAUGGUGAAAUACUGUUUAAAUGGACAUCUAUGUAGAAGAGAACUGAUCGCCAAACACUUUGAUGAAGAUUGGGGUGAUUCUGACUGUAACAAAAUGUGUGAUGUCUGUAUAAGUAAUAGUAAUGUUACUAAAGAGAUAAAUCUUGAAUCACACUGUCAGACUCUAACCUCUAUCAUAGAUAAUGCUGCAAAGCAAGAUACAAAGCUAACAGCGCAGAAAUUACUAGAUGCAUGGUUUCUAAAAGGCCCUGUACCUCUGAGGCACAAAGGAAAGGAACCUCCGUUUUCUAGAGCAUUUGCGGAGGAUGUUGUUGCAUAUUUAUUGGUGGAAGGGUACUUGACAGAAGACUUUCACUACACAGCAUACAGUACUGUUGUGUAUUUAAAAAAAGGUCCAAAUAUGGAGGCAAUUAAUGACCAAAACUUUACAUUAAAAAUGCCCAUUAGGAAAUACACAAAUUUUGAAUUAGAUAGGCCAGCGCCUUGGGACAAUGUGAUAGUUACAGAAAAACCUGAUACUCUUAAAAGAAAAUCUGAUGUGUUAAAAAAAGCCAAAAAGUCAAAAACAAUUAUAAUUGAUGACUAA